CCUAUUUGUAGGUGAAUAUUAACCAGCACACAUGGACUGAAGGUUCAGUCCCAGUUUGAACCUGGAUCUUUUAUGUCGGCUCCUCUAUAAAGGUGUUCAACUCUGGUUCUGGUUUAUAUAUUUUAAAAGUUCUUCUGACAUCUCCUUCACUUUCUGUGCCAAAGCAUCAUGGAAGUGGUGCACAAUAUCAUUCUGGCUGUUUACAUCAUUUCCUUUCUGAUUGGUCUGCCGGCCAACCUUCUGGCUCUCUACGCCUUCAGUGUGAAGAUCUGCUCCAAGCCACAGCCGACCGACAUCCUCCUCCUCAACCUGACGGUGUCCGACCUGCUCUUCCUCUUUGUCCUGCCCAUGAAGAUGCACGAGGCAGCGUCUGGCAUGAUCUGGACAUUUCCGGCCGUCCUGUGCUCCAUCACCUCCUUCAUCUACUUCUCCACCAUCUACUCCAGCUCCUUGUUGCUGAUGGCCAUCAGUGUGAUUCGCUAUGUGGGCGUGGCCUUCCCCAUCUUCUAUCUUCGGGUGCGGCGGCCGUUGUACGCUGUUGUCGCCAGCGCUGUGAUCUGGCUGCUGUCCAUGGGCCACUGCAGCAUCACCAUCAUCAUUGAGAACCAUCCGUACUUCAUGGAGAACUCCUCCCAGAACAACAGCAGCCGUUGCUACGAUAACUUCCAGGAGAACCAGCUGAAGGUCCUGCUCCCUGUGCGGUUGGAGAUGUUCCUUCUGCUCUGCCUCUUUCCUCUGCUGCUCUGCAUUUACUGCUACUUGCAUACCAUCUGGAUCCUGUCACACCGGACCAGCAUUGACCUAGCUCGGCGACGAAAGGCCAUAGGAAUGGCUCUGGGAACGCUGGCAGUAUUCCUGGUCUGUAUGAUUCCAUACAACUUGUCUCAUGUGGUGGGUUAUGUUCAGAGACAGAGCCCGAUAUGGAGAUACUACGUCCUGCUGCUGACCAGCCUCAACACCUGCAUCGACCCCAUCAUCUUCUACUUCUCGUCCUCAGCCUUCCGCUGCACCAGUGCCAGGUCGGUCCUCAGGAGGAACCACCUCUGGCCUUUAUCAUCACAAAUGCCAGAAUCAGUUUUCAGCCAAAACGUUCCUUAGAUUUAAUCCAGGUGUGAA